CGUGAGCGUGCGUCAGGUGAGCUUGUGGAGCUCGCAGCGGCAGGUGCCGCGUGACGUCAUCACAGCGCUUAGUUACUCCACCAAAGAUUUACAGACAAUACAACAGCACUAAACUCAGAUCAGCGCGCGCUGAUACCGGACUUGAUCGAUUCAGAUGAGUGCUGCAGAGCAGUGAAACAGCUCGAGAUCAUUUCACGCGGUUAUUAUUGAUCGCGAAGUGAAAAGAUGGGCCGUAAGAAACAGGAGGAAGAGCAAAACAACCCCGAGUAUGGUGAACCAGCUCAAUUUGACCCCACAUUCACCGGCCCCAUUCACAACAGGAGCUGUACGGACAUCAUAUGCUGCGUUCUGUUCAUGGUGGUCAUUGCCGGUUACAUGGUGGUAGGAAUUCUGGCCUGGCUGUACGGAGACCCUCGACAUGUGUUGUAUCCCAGAAACUCCACGGGAAUGUUCUGCGGAAUCGGACAGAACAAGGACAAACCCAACGUCAUGUACUUUGACAUCAUCAAAUGUGCCACAGCGACAAACAUCAUGGCUGCAGCUCUGCAGGGUCUCCAGUGUCCCACCACACAGUCAGCUAUGGACAUUGUAAAUAAAGAGUUGUGUCCUUUAUUCUACAUGCCGACAACCUCUGUGUUGGGACGGUGUUUGCCCAGUUUGGGAGGAAAUGCCUAUAAUCCCAGUAACUUUCCCACAAACUUCACUCUUCAUGGAUUGGAUGUAAAUGAGACUUUGGCAGCGAUCAGGAAUGUUCACAGCGACGUCACCAACAGCUUCAACAUCAAAGACGUCGGCCUGCGGAUCUUCGAGGACUUCGCCAAGUCAUGGCAGUGGAUCGUAGCUGGUCUGGUGAUUGCGAUGGUGGUCAGCGUUCUCUUCCUGCUGCUGCUGCGUUUCACGGCGCCGGUUCUCGUCUGGGUUCUCAUCAUCGGCGUUCUGGCGGUCGGCGCCUUCGGAAUCUGGUACUGUUAUAAUGAGUACAUGUCUCUGGUGAGCUCUAGCCUGACCUUCAGUAACGUGGGUUUCACCAGUAACGUGCAGGUCUAUCUGCAGGUGCGAGACACCUGGCUGGCCUUCUUGAUUAUUCUGUGUGUUGUCGAGGCCAUUCUCCUGCUGGCAUUGAUCUUCCUGAGAACUCGUAUUCUCAUCGCUAUCGCUCUUAUUCAGGAGACCAGCAAGGCGCUGGGUCACAUGAUGUCAACACUGAUCUAUCCCAUCGUCACAUUUGUGCUGCUGUUGGUGUGUGUGUCGUACUGGGGAAUCACAGCGCUAUAUCUGGCCACAUCAGGCGCUCCUGUCUACAAGGUGGUGGCGAUGAACACAUCACAGGGAGACUGCAGCGUCAUACAAGUCAACGAGACCUGCGACCCGGAGACGUUCAACAGUACGCAGUAUCCCACGUGUCCGUCGGCGCGCUGCGUCUUCAUUAACUAUAACGAGGAGGGUUUGUUCCAGAGGAACCUCUUUAACCUGCAGAUCUAUAACGUGGUUGCGUUCCUGUGGUGUGUGAACUUCGUCAUCGCUCUGGGUCACUGCACGCUCGCCGGAGCCUUCGGCUCUUAUUACUGGGCCUUCAGCAAACCGGCAGAUAUCCCAACAUUCCCUCUGAUCCAGUCCUUCAUGAGAGCGCUGCGGUAUCACGUGGGCUCUCUGGCGUUCGGCGCGCUGAUUCUCACGCUGGUGCAGAUCGUCAGGAUCUUUCUGGAGUAUCUGGACCACAAGUUCAAAGAGGCUCAGAACCCGUGCACGCGCUUCAUCAUGUGCUGCCUUAAAUGCUGCUUCUGGUGUCUGGAGAAAUUCAUCAAGUUCAUCAACAGGAACGCUUACAUCAUGAUCGCCAUAUAUGGGAAGAACUUCUGUGUGUCCGCUAAGAAUGCUUUCUCUCUGCUCAUGAGGAACAUUAUACGGGUGGUGGUGCUGGAUAAAGUGACGGAUCUGCUGCUGUUCUUCGGGAAGCUGCUGGUGGUCGGUGGAGUUGGUGUGCUGGCCUUCUUCUUCUUCUCCGGCAGGAUUCAGACUCCAGGAACCACGUUUGAAACGGCGGCUCUCAACUACUACUGGAUGCCCAUCAUAACGGUGGUGUUCGGUGCGUAUCUGAUCGCUCACGGCUUCUUCAGUGUGUAUAACAUGGGUGUGGACACACUCUUCCUGUGUUUUUUGGAGGAUCUGGAGCGUAAUGACGGCAGUCCACAGAAACCAUACUUCAUGUCCAAGAACCUGAUGAAGAUCCUCAACAAGAAGAACAAAGCGCCCAAGACGGGCUGAUGACGAUGAUGAUGACGACGAAGGUUUCUGACUUCAUUCUCUCAAGCACCGUCACUUUCAACCGAAGCGUGAAGAUCCCAGUGAAUCCAUGUACAGAUGCUUUUAAACAUUUUAUUUUUUUCUUGUUACUGAGAAUAUCUGAGACUCGAUCUCAGAGUUUUGUUUUCAACAGAACCAAGUGUAACUCGUGAAUCAAAAGCACCAAAGAUUAAGAAUCACAUCCAAACUGCUGGAAACCGUUUUACUGAAAAUGUGCAAGAAACUUGGAUGAUGUCUGUGAGCCAAAGCUUUUAUUAUUAGCCAUUAUUUUCAUUAUAGUAAUAUAUUUGGUUUAUGCUUUUAAUAUGCGAGAUGUGCACAGUGAAGCUAUAUUGCACAUACAAAUGACUGUUUUGGUGCAGAUUAAUAACUAAAGAUCUGUUCUUCCAAGACUGCUGAACGUUUUUAAAGCUCCAAAAUAUGAGAGAAUAUCUGACACUCCAUAAGCCUGAAUGAAAGCCGCAGUUUUAAAUGUUUUUAUAGUUGCAGUAGUGCAUGCUCUUUUCACAUUUUUAUAUGAUUUUCUGUUCAGUUAUGUGUGAUUUAGUGUAAACUGGAAAUAAACAGAGAAUAUUUAUUUAAAGACAUAUAAAUGUAAUAAAAAAUGUUGCAUAUUACCGAGCGCUUGUUUUGAAUACAGACUGAUACUAAUGGAAAUUAACAGCUGGAUUUAUUAACUGAACUAAA